GCUUGCUGUGUCGCUUGGGUUGCGAUCUCGAUCUUAGUUUGGAAGUUGUUUGGUUAAAAGCUGCAAUGUCUGGACGGGGUAAGCAAGGAGGGAAAGCGCGGGCGAAGGCUAAGUCUCGCUCCUCCAGAGCCGGUCUCCAGUUCCCCGUCGGCCGCGUCCACCGGCUGCUGCGCAAAGGCAACUACGCCGAGCGGGUCGGCGCCGGGGCGCCAGUCUAUCUGGCGGCAGUGCUGGAGUACCUGACGGCGGAGAUCCUCGAGUUGGCCGGCAACGCGGCUCGGGACAACAAGAAGACCCGCAUCAUCCCGCGCCACUUGCAGCUGGCCAUCCGCAACGACGAAGAGCUCAACAAACUCCUGGGCAAAGUCACCAUCGCCCAGGGAGGCGUCCUGCCCAACAUCCAGGCCGUCCUGCUGCCCAAGAAGACCGAGAGCCACAAGGCCAAAGGCAAAUGAAGGCGCCUUUUUCUCCCGCCGGAGCAAACCCCCAAAGGCUCUUUUCAGAGCCAC